CUGUGACGUAGCCGGGUGCAGACGCAGCGUUGUUGUUUCUGCAUCUCUCGCCGCCUCUGCUCCCUGCGUCUUCAUCCAACUGUACACAAUCUGCGUCAAUGCCGCGAGAUCAGGAUCGUGCUGCAGAGGGCUGAAGCGCUCCAAAUGACGCCAUUUGCGAGAUCCAAGUCCGAUUCCAAGGCACAUCUCUAUUACUCCGCAUCGCUGGGGUCUCCAAGACACUACGUCUCGGCCGGAGUGGGACAGCGUGCUCGAACGUACAUGUAGGCGUCUGUCACCGCGAACUGGGCCAUUGAAGCGGUGCUAACUCCUCAUUCUGUUCAUAAUUCCUUCAUACUGUCUGUUUUGCGUCUAUCGAUUACAUGCAGAUCCGUCAUUGACCCCGUGCCCGACGACGUCUGUCGACUUCAGCCUCGGCCCAUGUCACCGCCCUCCAGCUCGCAUCCCAGUUCGUCGUCUCGGUGGCGAAAGCGUCUGCAGUUCACGCCCCGUCGCGGCUCCGAUCAACAGGCAAACACGCGGCCCGAGAUAUGCUAUUGGCAGCACAGCAUGAACGGUGGAUCGUCCUGCCAAAUCAUCAACGGCCAAGCGACGAUUUUCCAGGAACGUCCCGAAUGAGCGCACCAUAUGGAUCGCCAGAAGGAGACGUGAGAAGCGAUAACCGUCUCUCUCGCCACGAUGGCCGCAUUGCCACCUCAG